UCACAUUUUAACGCACGCAUGUCUCGCCGGAAAUAGAUCUUGGAUUCAUUUCAACAUGGCCGAAUAUGAUACUUUUCGCGGAGGACGUAGUGGGGGGUUCAACAAUUAUGACAACAACUAUGGUGGGCGCCGUGGUGGAGGUGGGAGUAGGGGUGCGAAGCCCCUCCCCACAGAGCCUCCCUUCACUGUAUAUGUUGGCAACCUGCCACUUCAGGUCGUGCAGGGCGACCUUGAACUCAUCUUCAAAGACCAGAAAGUUCGCAGUGUGAGGUUGGUUCGAGAUAGAGAAACGGACGUCUUCAAAGGUUUUGCUUAUGUGGAGUUUGAGGAUCUAGACUCACUAACAGACGCAUUAUCCUUUGAUGGAGCUCUGUUUGACGAUAAAAACAUACGUGUCGAUGUAGCAGAAGGUCGUAAGGACGGCAGAGGUCGUGGGGGAGGUCGAGGUGGCCCUCAAGGUGGCUUCGGAGGUGGACGAGGGGGUCGGGGAGACUUCAGGGGGGGUUAUGGUGGGGACAGAGGGGGUUUUGACAGGGGUUUUGACAGAGGCUCAAGAGGAGCGCCACGGGGAGGCCCUGCUGGCGGAAUGGGCGGCGGCGGCGGAAUGGGCGGAGGCAGCAGGGACGGUGGCUUCAGAAGUGGUGGUCGAGGGGGUUAUGAUCGUGAACGUGACAGUGGUUUUGGAGGUCGUCCCCGGCAGCGGCGAGACAGCGACAACAGAGGAGAGGAGUUGAGGGAAGCUUCACCAGAGUCAGCGGCGCAGCGCCCCAGGUUGAAGUUGCUGCCUCGAACUGUCAAGGCUCCAGUCAACGCCCCGGUGGAGACUUCUAGGAAUGCAAGCAUCUUUGGUACGGGCCGCCCCCGUGAGGGAGCGGAGGAGGAUGCCCCUCCUGAGCAGCGCAGUAGGAACACCAGUGAGAGCAGCCAGCAUUGAACGGCAGGAUAGCAGUGUUCGUCUUAUGUCAAGGUUGAGGUUGUGUGGCCAGACUAAUGCUGAGUGGGCUGGCUGCGUUGUUACCAUGACAACACAACCCUGGCAAUUCCAUGGCAACAGCCCCAUUGUUUCAUUCAUAUCAGAGCUGCUUACACAGCUGUUGGCUAGGUUUCCUGGCCGCAACAACUUGACAGGAUGACGUAUUUAUUGUGUCUCAUGUUCUCAUCACUCGUGAUAGCUGCAGCCACAGGACUGUCUUUACAGGUACUACUUCCCUUAAGCAGCACAACUAGUGUUUGUUGGGUGGUUGGUUGGAGCUUGCUGAUUGUCUGCCUGCCCAGCCAGGAUCUCCGACAUACAUCUGUGCAUACUACUUUCUUAAAACUCUUUCACAUGACAGUAAGUAAUUUGGGGUGUAUGAUGUAAGCUUGUUAGAAAGACAAAUUGACAGGAUUUGUCUGUUUCGGUUUCUUUUCCAAAUGGAUAGUUAGAUACAAAUUAGUAUCAGUAACGGUUUGGUAUUGGUUUUGACUCUGAUUAGUCUGUAUUAUUUAUGGCAGUAAAGAUGUUGAUUUUUAUAGAAGGCUGCACUCAGUACUGAGAAGAAUGUGUUGUGUGGGAAAUGCUGUCAACAGUCGUCCCCUAAUGUAAUCUGCCGGACAAUCGUUGGUCAACCGUGUACACAGCUACCUUGCGGCCAUUGUUUUGAUAUAUUUCACAGCCAUUGAGGUUAAGAUGUUGGCAUGAGGCUAAGCGAAGUUAUUUGUAUAUGGCUGCAGAAACGUUACCAAAAACAUUUUUCUUUUGAACCCGAUGUGAAGCAUUUGAAAAAGUAAUAAAUUAAUUGUGUACAGUUUACUGAUUAGUUGAACCAUCACAUUAUUGAGGUACGUCACCAUUGCAUGGAAUCUUACAAAGUAAGGUUCAUCUGUUGCCAUUGUCAUUAUAUAAACAAUAUAAUUUGUUUGUGUGUCCGUUGGAUUUUAGCUUGAAAUAUUUUAAAUCCUCUAGAGCAAAUUCCUGAUAGGUUUCAAUGUAGGGAGUACGAAGGAGCUAGUAUCUUUCAUUUUCGCAGUGCAAAGUGUUUUAUUGUUUUAAAAAAUACUAGCGUGCAGUUGGACUGCACUUCAAGCACUUGUUCAUACUUCUAAUCACUGUCGCUUGCUGUACAAGUCAUAAUAUUGGAAAUAGUGCUUUACAGUAAGCCAUUUACGCUGUCAUUUCCUGGAAAUAUCAAACACAUUUUAGCCACGUUGCAACGUAAGACAACAUUUGUGUAUAUCCCUCAUCGAUCAUUACCUGCCAAGUUACAUACACAGAAUACGUGGGGAGGGGGGGUUGUCUGGGGAGGGGAG